AUCCAGCGGGCCGCGCCCACGCGGAGCCUCGCAGCUAACACCCGCUGCCUGCUGCCCGCUGCCCGCUGCCCGCUGCCUGCUGUCCGGCAUGCUGCUGCGGGGCGGCUCGGCGCUCCGGCGCUUCUCCACCGGCCGGGUUUACUUCAAAAACAAGCUGAAGCUGGCGCUGAUCGGCCAGAGCCUCUUCGGACAGGAAGUCUAUAGCCAGCUCCGCAAAGAGGGCCACCGAGUGGUGGGGGUGUUCACGGUUCCGGACGAAGAUGGGCGAGCUGACCCCCUGGCUCUGGCUGCGGAGAAGGACGGGACGCCAGUGUUCAAGUUCCCCCGAUGGCGGGUCAAGGGCAGGACCGUCCAGGAGGUGGCCGAGGCCUACCGAGCGGUGGGGGCCGAGCUGAACGUGCUCCCCUUCUGCACGCAGUUCAUCCCCAUGGACAUCAUCAGCAGCCCGAGGCUCGGCUCCAUCGUCUACCACCCGUCCCUCCUGCCCAGGCACCGGGGCGCGUCUGCCAUCAACUGGACCCUAAUUAUGGGGGACAAGAAGGCCGGGUUUUCUGUCUUCUGGGCUGACGAUGGUUUAGACACAGGACCCAUCCUCCUCCAGAGGUCAUGCGACGUCAAGCCCAAUGACACAGUGGACACACUUUAUAAUGGCUUCCUCUUUCCUGAGGGAGUCAAGGCCAUGGUGGAAGCUGUGCAACUCAUAGCGGAUGGGAAGGCUCCCCGCAUCCCCCAGCCAGAAGAGGGGGCGACCUAUGAAGGGAUCCAGAGGAAGGUGAACGCUGAGAUUCGCUGGGACCAGACCGCCGAAGCUUUACACAACUGGAUCCGAGGUCAUGAUAAAGUCCCCGGAGCCUGGGCUGAGAUAAACGGGCAGGCGGUGACUUUCUACGGCUCAUCUUUGCUGAGCGGCUCUGUGCCUCCCGGAGACACCCUGGACAUUAAAGGUGCCACAAAGCCUGGGCUUGUGACCAAAAGUGGACUUGUCCUCUUUGGCAGCGAUGGGAAAGCGCUGCUGGUGAGAAAUCUGCAGUUCGAGGACGGGAAAAUGAUCGCCGCCUCCCAGUACUUUUCGGCAGGCGAAGCAUCAGCAGUGGAACUCACAGCCGAGGAGCUGAGGGUGGCGGAGACCAUCAAGGUCAUCUGGGCUGGAAUUCUGAGCAACGUCCAGGUCAUCGAAGCCUCCACGGACUUCUUCAAAUCCGGAGCGAGGUCAAUGGAUGUCGUGAGGCUGGUGGAAGAGAUCAGGCAGAAGUGCGGCGGCCUCCAGCUGCGGAACGAGGACGUCUACCUGGCCACCAGGUUUGGCGACUUCAUCCAGAAGGUGGUGAGGAGGCUGCGUGGAGAGGAGCGCGAGGAGGAGCUGGUCGUGGAUUAUGUGUCCAAAGAGGCCAACGGCCUGACCGUGAGGAUGCCGCACCAGUGCUUCAUCAACGGAGAGUUCGUGGACGCCGAGGACGGGGAGACUUACCCCACGGUGAACCCCGCGGACGGCUCUACAAUAUGCAAAGUGGCCUACGCAUCUUUGGCGGAUGUGGACAGGGCAGUGGCUGCCGCAAAGGACGCCUUCGAACACGGCGAGUGGGGACGGAUGAACGCCCGAGACAGAGGGCGGCUGAUGUACAGACUUGCAGACCUCUUAGAGGAGAACCAAGAGGAGCUGGCCACCAUCGAAGCCCUGGACUCGGGGGCCGUCUACACCCUGGCACUGAAGACACACAUCGGGAUGUCCGUGCAGACUUUCCGGUACUUUGCCGGCUGGUGUGACAAAAUCCAGGGUUCUACGAUUCCUAUCAACCAGGCCCGUCCAAAUCACAACCUGACCUUCACCAGGAAGGAGCCCAUUGGUGUCUGUGCCAUCAUCGUGCCCUGGAACUACCCGCUCAUGAUGCUGGCCUGGAAGAGUGCCGCAUGCCUGGCAGCCGGCAACACCUUGGUGCUCAAGCCAGCGCAGGUCACACCUUUGACGGCUUUGAAGUUUGCAGAGCUGUCAGCCAAGGCGGGCUUCCCGAAGGGCGUCAUCAACAUCCUGCCGGGCUCAGGGGGCGUGGCCGGACAGCGCCUCUCUGAGCACCCAGACAUCCGCAAACUCGGGUUCACUGGGUCCACGUUGAUCGGCAAACAGAUCAUGAAAAGCUGUGCGGCCAGCAACCUGAAGAAGGUGUCCCUGGAGCUGGGCGGCAAAUCCCCGCUGAUAAUAUUCCAGGACUGCGAGCUCGACAAGGCCGUGCGCAUGGGCAUGGAUGCCGUGUUUUUCAACAAAGGAGAGAACUGUAUCGCGGCUGGGCGGCUGUUCGUGGAGGAGUCUGCCCACGACGAAUUCGUGACCAGAGUGGUGGAAGAAAUUAAAAAGAUGAAGAUUGGCGACCCGCUUGACAGAUCUACAGAUCACGGGCCCCAGAACCACCAGGCCCAUCUGGAAAAGCUGCUGCAGUACUGCGAGGCCGGGGUGAAAGAGGGGGCCACCUUGGUGUACGGAGGGAGGCAGGUCCAGAGGCCAGGCUUUUUUAUGGAACCCACUGUGUUCACAGACGUAGAAGACCACAUGUUCCUCGCCAAAGAGGAGUCCUUUGGGCCCAUUAUGGUCAUUUCUAAGUUCCCAAAUGGGGACAUCGACGGUGUGCUACAGCGAGCGAACAACACGGAGUAUGGUUUGGCCUCAGGGGUUUUCACAAGAGACAUAAACAAAGCCAUGUAUGUGAGCGAGAGACUGGACGCCGGGACCGUGUUCAUCAACACAUACAACAAGACCGACGUGGCCGCCCCAUUCGGCGGAGUAAAGCAGUCCGGCUUCGGGAAAGACUUGGGUGAAGAAGCCCUAAAUGAAUACCUCAAGACAAAGACAGUGACACUGGAGUAUUAGGCAGUGCUAUCCCCUGGAAUCCUCGGCUCCUUACCUGUCCACAAGAGGCAGGAGGGCCCAGACUCGAGCUUAAAACACAUCCACGGUCAACAGGGAGUGUUUAGUCACUGAUCAUUUGCCCACGUGCCUGAGUAUUUUCUAAUCCACAUUUUCUGCCUUCAAA